UGCUAGUUGGACAAACUCGAGUGCAACUUUGUACGUCUUCGAAUCAUAUCUGAUUCAUAGCGUUUCCGUUACUGGGUGCUUCAGAGCAGCCACACUUACUACAACCAAAAAUCCGUCUUUUUUUGUGUGUUUUAAAAAACAGCAUCCCACAGACAGCCAUUCGAGAUUCGUGGCGUUCAGUGAUUUAUUUUGCAAAGCGACGCGACGCACUUUAGAUGUAUGUUUACUGUGAUUGGUUUUUUUUUUCGGUGCAUUGACCAAAAAGGGCAACGGAGGAUUAUGGGUUGAUGUGAUUGAUGGGUGUUUCUUCACACCAACACACCAAUAUUAAUGUAAGAAAGAUUUUUAAGAUAGUGAAGAAAGAGGAAAAGUUAUAGAAAGAAUUUGCUUCAAAAAAAGUGAAGAAAAACAAGGGAAAUAUUUCACCUUGGGAUAAAGAAUUGGGCGAAAGAGAGCUCUAGGUGAAGAUUCAUUUACAUUCCUGAUAAAAAAAAAAAUAAACGUAUAUAAAUAAAUAAACAGCAAAAAUGUUCGAAGAACCACCGAGGAGGAAUUUCGCCUACCACGGGUCAGACCCAAGACAAGGUCUCCUGAAUCCGGGAACGAGGAAGGACAUUAUAAGGAAAAAUGGCGACCUCAACAUCAGCUACAUCAACCUCAAGAAGAGAACGCGGUACCUGCAAGAUCUCUACACGACGCUGGUCGAUGUCCAGUGGAGAUGGACUCUUCUCGUCUUCUUCUUGGCCUUUAUCAUGAGUUGGUUGGGAUUCGCGUUCAUCUGGUUCAUGAUCAUCAAAGUACACGGGGACGACAUAGCGGACGAAAAUGACGAAACUCACAAACCUUGCGUCUACAACGUCAGAACAUUCACCGGGAGUUUCCUGUUCUCCAUUGAGACCCAACACACGAUUGGUUAUGGGUUUAGAUACACGACAGAAGAAUGUCCAGAAGCCGUUUUCGUGAUGUGCAUUCAAAGCAUCGCUGGGGUCAUCUUGCAGGCCUCCAUGGUGGGCGUGGUGUUCGCCAAGCUCACGAGGCCGAAGCAGAGAACCAAUACUCUGAUGUUCUCCCGCAACGUGUGCAUCUGCCUCCGGGAUGGGCGCCUGUGUCUCAUGUUCCGCGUCGGAGACAUGAGAAAGACUUUCAUCAUUGGUGCUUCGGUCUUUGCUCAGGUCAUCAGAAAGCGCACCACGCAGGAGGGAGAGCUCAUACCAUACCAUCAGUACGACGUCAAGGUCGGCAGCGACGAUGGCUCCGACAACUUGUUCUUCAUCUGGCCAAUGACCAUCGUCCACGUCAUAGACGAGAAUUCACCCUUCUACAAAAUGUCGGCUGUGGACCUCAUGAACGAAAAAUUCGAAUUGGUGGUAUAUCUCGAAGGAACGACGGAGUCCACAGGUACCACAAUGCAGGCCAGAUGUUCCUACCAGCCUACCGAUUUCCUAUGGGGCCACCGCUUCGAGAAUCUCAUAUUUUUCGACAAGGCCUCCGACAAUUACGUUGUAGAUUUCAGAGAGUUCAAUAAGACGAGAGAGGUAUCGACCCCACUCUGUAGCGCCCGUGACCUGGAGGACUUCAAGCGUCAAAACAGCGACGCCCUCAUGUGCUACACGCCCAACUCCGACCAGGUGGUUUGCAUCGAGCCGGACAUUUUCACAGCGGACGAGAAAGUGGCCGCGGAGGAUUAAGUGCGGGACGGAUAACAAUGGCAACACUGUACAGCAAAGGAUUUGAAAACGCUCUUGCCCGUAACUUCAGAAGUUGACGGACCGAAUGAGGAAGUUUUACUUAAUGAUUUUAAAAGACUGUACAUUUAGGUUUUUAAGUAGCAUUGCAUGUGAUAUAAUUUGUAAUGUAAAUAAACCUUUUAUAUAACUUAUUAGGACCCAAGAGAUACCUACAAGUCUUUUAGGGAUGCAAAAAUGGAGUGUAUUAUGUCGAAUACGCGUACAGAAACCAACUCGUGCACUAAAAUAGAAGUUGUCGUUUAUAAGAAGCAAAUUUUGACUUACCAAGUGCAACAUUUAAUGUUCAUGUUGAAAACAUGCUUUUAAAAGACUAGCUAUUAUUACUUUUAAAUUUGUCGGAUAAAUCUAAUGUUGAAAACAUAUUUAAGACUUCUUGUAGUAGUACUUUACGUUAUUUAGUGGCCUCGUAUAUACCUACUACUCUAAUUUAACAUAACUUACUGGAAUUCCGUUGCUUUCUUGAAUAUGUGAUCAUUAACCUUGCUUCAUUGAAAGCCUUUGAUCUAAAAAGACAUGAAUAUAGUAGGUCAAUUAUGCUUUAUUAUAAAAAUUUGCAUGUUUAGAAGUAUAUUCUACGUAGUUUAUAUUAGAGAAUUGUACAGAUUUACGUCACAAUGGUAGCUUGUAAUCACGAAUUUGAUAGCACUAUUUAUAUUCUUUCCUUAUUUCUGUUUUUGUUUUAAUCUUCCUAGUAUCAUAAUCACCACUUAUCGUAGUUGCUUCUGUAUCAGAAACCUCACUAAUUGAUAAACUUUAGAUUUGUGACCCACCAGACAAGGGUUUUGUCGCUGUGGGGAAAAAAAAAGCCUUAUGCACAACUUUGCCACCUUCCAGUUCCUAAGUUACAGUAGCUCUUAAGAUGGGUUGAAGUGUGGACCUUUCUUUUCCUUUGUCACCAAUCAUAGCACUAUACAUGAUCUCACUUUUGUAGUUUUCAAGUACUUCAUUUCAGUCAGAAGGCAUACCGCAAGGAGAUACAGUAUUAGUCCCUGUGUGUUUGUGAUGUUCUGUGUACUGUAGUGGACACGCUCUCCUUCUCUUGAAUGAAAUAACUAAGCAAAAUAUUCAUUUCAGUCAAACUUCUUAAUUUACCUCUGAGGAUUUUUUUUAAAUUGUUCACGAAUAUGAAGGUGUACCAUAAGGAGAUGGUAGUGGUCCCUGUGUGCUUAUGAUGUUCUGUGUACUGCAGUUGUAGACACACACACACACACUCCUCUUGAGUGACCUAACUAAGCAAGAUAUGGUUCCCAGUGUACAACACAUAAGCAUUAAAUUGACAUAACUAUAAGUUAAUAGUCUGUGCAAGACUGUUUAACAGAAUAUAACUCAAGAUGACAGUCUCGUUAAAUAACUCCAAAUAUCAGACAAAACAGGUGCAUGAUAUUGAUUGAUUUCUGUACUGCGUAUUUAACCAAAUAAUGUUUUGGGUUACUAUUGUAUCAGUUUCAUAUAAUAAUAUAAUGUUUACUAAUAUUGUGUAUGUUGACAUACAGAACUGUAACACUUGAUCCGUAGCUUUUGCAGUGAUACUGUGUGUAUCAUGGCAAUAAGCUGCAGUCAAACUCAUAAUAAAGUAAUUUUUAUAUACGA